AUGGCAGCAUCCUCUUCCAAAUCUCUCACCUCGCUUUCCGGUACAUAUAAAUUGAACAAAACCCUCUGCACCAUUCCCAUAACCUCCAUCCUCGCCCUGCAAGGAACAUCCUACAUUAUUCGCAAUGCUAUAGCCGCAGCUUCUGUAACCCUCGAAAUCUCCCAGCCCAAUUCCAAUGAAUAUCAUGUAAAACAGACCGCCUCCGCCGCCGCUAUCCCGGGGACAAGCGAGCAGUAUCAUCUAGACAACGUGUGGGGAUUUCAGGAGAUUGAAGGGGAGAGAAGGUGGGUGCAAAGUGUGAAGGUGUGGAACAAGGAAGGCGAGGAGGCAAGGGGUAAGAUGGUCUAUGAUUUCAUGAAGGAUGGUUAA